AUGGACCCAUACUAUCAUGCUUCCACCGCCGGGCCGUCACAACCUCCUCCCCCUCCCCACCUAGCUCCUCAUUCUCCCGUACCUCCCUAUCCACCCGCUUCAACCCCUUAUCGACACUUCCCUCUCCCCAAGCCCUUCCCAGCGUUCAAAUCUCAGAGUCAGGCCCAGACCAAUCAAGUAGAUCUUACCUCUCCACCUCCUCCUUUCAGCUCUUUUCCCCCACAUGAACCCCUUCUACCGACAAGGGCCCCGAGAACACGUCCUAAAAACAGAGGAGGAGGUCGUGGUCGAGGACAACUCUCAGGACCGCGUUCAGCUUCUGCCAGACAGUCAACGAGGAUAUCCUCUAGACCUACACCUGUCAGUGGAGGCGGUGGGAAUGCCGGUGUAUCCAAGCUCAAACUCUCAUUCAAAGCUUCUGGGAGUGAUCCAUCGACUAGGAAGACGAGCUUCUUGGGGGAGUAUGACAGGGAAUUGGAUGAUGAUCCUAAUGAACCACUUUGUUUUGAGGAACAAUGGAUUUUAAGGGUUCCGAAAGAGGUAGCUGAAGGUCCCAAUGGAUUGAGGGAGAUCGUCAAGGGGAAAGGAAAGGGGAUGGAGGGAGUGGAGUUCAAGUUUUUAGACUCGCGACGAGCAACAUUCAAGUUCAACGGCGUCACCUACGCAAGCAAGCUGGUCGAUCUGCCUUCCAUCAUCGAGUCGCAAAAGACACAUGACAACAGGCAUUUGUUCAAAGUAGCAGAUAUCUCCCAAAUGCUAGUGGUCACUCAUCCAGUCAAAGAUGAAUCCACCAUCACCUCCGCCCCGCUCAAGAUCGACGAUUUCAUCUGGCCACAUGGCAUCACCCCUCCUCUCCGUCACGUAAGAAAACGAAGAUUUCGAAAACGUAUUUCCAGACGGACGAUUGAAGUGGUUGAGGAACAAGUGGAAGAAUUGUUGAAGAGGGAUAAAGAAGCUGACGAGUCGACUUUUGAUCUCAUCGAAGCCUUACCCGAUCCUGAAGCUCCUGAUCAGUAUUAUAUAGACUAUGACAGUAACGUCGGGUGGGUUCAUCCGGAAGGUGGAUCAGAAAUGGGAGAAUCAGAAAUGUACGAGGAUCCAGGUUCGGUGGCUCAAUCCAUGGGAGAAUGGGAAGAUGGUACUGAGGGUGAAGGGGAGUAUGAGGAAGAUGGUUUGGAUCGGGAAUUAGCUAAUAUGUUGAGAGAAGAGAUGAACGAAGGUUCUGACGCUGGGGCUUCCGGUUCAGAAGGGGAAGACGAGGAUGAAGAUGAAGAAGCUGCGGGUGGGACUGAAGAUGAAGAUGACGAAGAAACAGCGGAAAAGAAAGCAAAGAUUAGACAAUUCACGAGUGAAAUCAAGAAUAUCGAAGCUACUAUUGAAAGAAAACGAGCUGGGUUUACAGGUGGUAAUCCUAUAAUGCAGAAACGUUUUGAAGAAACUCUAGCUGGUUUAUUAAUUGACGUCGUACGUAAAGCCGAAGCACGUCGAGUCCUACAAGCAGAAUUAGACGCUAUGAAACGUCCUGAACAAUCACCUAAAAUUCCAUCUCCUUCUCCCAUUUCACCCGUUCUCCAAAAUAUACAAACCCAACCUGUUCAAGUGGAAGAAGGAGAAGACGAAGAUUUGUUCGGAGAUGCAGAUGCGGAAGGUGAAGAAGAAGUUGUUCAACUUGAUACAAUUGUUCCAAUUCCUGAUCAGCCCAAAGUCGUUCAACAUGGACCAGUCAAAGAUCCUAUCGUGACGAAUGGAGUUGAUGAAGGUGGUGUGGAGGGAGGGGUUUUACAAGUACAAAAUGUGAUUGAGGAAGAGGAUUAUGAGGGGGAAAGGGAUAUGGAUGAUGAUGAGAUGGCUGCUAUGUUAGAGGAAGAACUUGCAAGACCUGUGGAUAUGGAUAUGGACGUGGACAUGGGUGUGGGUGUGGGUGUGGGUGCGGGUGUGGGUGUCGAUGGUGCUGGUGAGGGUGGAGAAUCAGAUCAAAUCCUUAAUACUUUCGUAGAUCCUAUCGGAGGAGAUUUUGGUGAUUCAGAUGGGAUGGGUAUAAGUGAAGAAAUAGGAAAUCAAGAACAACAACCAAAACCACCAAAUGUAUUAGGUUCUUUUCAAGUAGAAGGUGGUGUAGGUAGAAGACGUUUAGCUGUGGAAGAGGAAGAAGAUGAUGAUAGUGAUAGUGAUGGUGAUGAUUCUGAUGAUUAA